AUGUCCUCCAAACACAAUCACACCCCCAGCAAGUUCGACUGCGACCAUCACCAAGCUCUGCCCUACCUGCUACCCAGCACGGUGGUCAUCAGUACCCCAAGUCACUCGACGGUGCCAACAGGACGUGCUCCUCUCGUAUUUGGCCAUCAUCAGCAUGUUUACACAAACUCCACCGCAAACGGUUUCGCAGCCCCGUCCCUUUUCGCCUCUGGCUCUGCUUUCAACACUGGAGUCUUCCGCACUGGAGCGUUCCCCACUGGAGUCUUCCGCACUGGAGCGGCCGGCACUGGAGCGUUCAGCACUGGAGCGUUCAGCACUGGGAUAUUUAGCACUGGAGUGGUCAGGCAUGGAUCGCUCAGCACUGGAAUUUUCGGUACCGGAACCUCUCCAUCGGUCGUCCUCAGCACCACCACUUCCAAUGGCAAAGUCAGCGUUGAGACUCACUCUGCUGGUGAGGGUUUUGUCACCUCGAAUGCUCCCAAUGGCUCUGUAUCUAUGAAGACACAGCCUGCCGGUAAAGUGGUUGUUAGCUCGACUGCGUCCAACGGCGAGGUCACUGUCGAGACUCAGUCUACUGGCGUUUCUCUCGUGAGCCAUACUGCGUCCAAUGGUGAGGUCACCGUCGAGACUCAGUCUCCUGGUGUGUCCCUCGUUAGUCAUACUGCGUCCAAUGGUGAGGUCACUGUCGAGACUCAGUCUGCUGGCGUUUCUCUCGUGAGCCAUACUGCCUCGAAUGGUGAGGUCACCGUUGAGACUCAGUCUCCUGGUGUGUCCCUCGUUAGUCAUACUGCAUCCAAUGGCGAGGUCUCCGUUGAGACUCAGUCUCCUGGCGUUUCUGUCGUUAGCCACACCGCUCCCAAUGGCCAGGUCACUGUCGAGACUCAAUCCGCGUCUCCAUCCAAUGGUGAGACAACCGAAGCCUCUCCUUCUCAGGCUGGCGAGACUCAGUCUGCUGGCGUAUCAGUGGUCAGCCACACCGCUCCCAAUGGCCAGGUCACUGUCGAGACUCAAUCCGCGUCUCCAUCCAAUGGUGAGACAACCGAGGCCUUUCCUUCUCAGGCUGGCGAGACUCAGUCUGCUGGUGUAUCAGUGGUCAGCCACACCGCUCCCAAUGGCCAGGUCACUGUCGAGACUCAAUCCGCGUCUCCAUCCAAUGGUGAGACAACGGAAGCCUCUCCUUCUCAGGCUGGCGAGACUCAGUCUGCUGGUGUAUCAGUGGUCAGCCACACCGCUCCCAAUGGCCAGGUCACUGUCGAGACUCAAUCCGCGUCUCCAUCCAAUGGUGAGACAACCGAAGUCUCUCCUUCUCAGGCUGGCGCCGCCCAGGAGGCUGCCACCCAAGCUGCUGCAUCUGGAAGCAGUUUCCCUGGCAGCAAUUCCCCUGGAAACAGUAGCCCCAGCAGCAGCGCCCCUGGAAGCCCCAACCAGGCCGCCGCAAACCCCGCUGCAGCAAACAGCGCUUCCGGCAGCAACGUCUCCGGAAGCAGCUCUCCAAGCAGCAACGCCCCCGGAAGCAGCUCUCCUGGAAGCAACGCCCCUGGAAGCCCCAACCAGGCCGCCGCAAAUCCCGCUGCAGCAAACAGCGCUUUCGGCAGCAACGUCUCCGGAAGCAGCUCUCCAAGCAGCAACACCCCUGGAAGCAGCUCUCCUGGAAGCAACGUCCCUGGAAGCCCCGACCAGGCCGCCGCAAACUCCGCCGCAGCAAACAGCGCUCCCGCAAGCAACGCCCCCGCAAGCAACGCCCCUGCAAGCAACGCCCCAGGAAGCGCAAACCAGGCUGCUGCGAAUCCCGCCGUUGCUGCCCAAGAGUCCCAAGCUGCUGCCGCUGCUCAAGCUUCCGCCUCGCAAGAAGCCGCCGAAGCUGGUGAAACCCACGCUCCGAGUGCGACUAACGGCACGUCACCCUCCUCAUCUGUCAAAGCCUUCCAAGGCGCUGCGUCUUCUUUCAAGGCCUCAACUGCCAUCGUCAGCUUUGCUAUGGCUGCUGUUUCAAUUGUGAUGUUUCUGUAA